CUUCAAUCAACAAAAUGGAAAUACCUCACCAAAUACCCGUGAGGGCUCAUGCACGAAACAAGUCAAUACCUAAGGCGACGAGGCCGCGAUCAACAACCAAGGGCCCCUUGGAUGUCGAUGACAUCUCCCUCAGCUCACCAAAACCAAAUGAUGCUGCGCCAACUUUUCUUUCGCCGGAUCCCAAUCUUCCCGGCAGCAGCUUGAGGCCAACAUCACCAAACGCCAUCAGCCCCCGGGGCUCUCGCUCUCCAGCCAGGUCUCCGGGCCCAGGACCAUCUCCACGCGUGGCCCCUCAGGUUCCCAAGAAGGACUUUUCUUUCCUCCUUCGCCCAGAGAUUUACCACACCCUCAGCCCGCAAAAUAUACCUGGUGCCUUCCGCAACUCACCCCACCAGCCAGCGCCCGACACGCCGAUCCCGGAACUGAUUUCAAAGGGCCACUUUCGCGCCGCCGCCGUGGCCGCCGUGCAGCAGCUCACUGGCACGGCUGGCCACGAUCCCCCAGCGGCGGACGACCACGCUCGCAUCUUCUCGCUGAUCCACACCCGACUGGCAUGUCUGACCCUGAUUGAUGCAACGCCCAUCGCCGCUCAGGAGGUAAAGGCUCUCGAGGAUGUCCAGUCGCCCUUCUACCUCGCUCAGCCGGUGGCUUCGCCCGUCUCAGCUGUAGGCUCUGCCGGGCUUGGUCUGGCCAUCGACGCACCAGGACCUCUUCGCAGCCCCAACCCGAGCCUCCUGCACGCGCCCCUCGAGGAGCCGCCCGAGCACCUAGUCCCGUGGGAACUGCGCGUCCUGGCGGUCCGCCUGCAAUCUCUGGGCUUUGGCGACCCUCGCCGCUCCGUCAUGAGCUACUACGAGCUGGCCCGCGAGGCCCGGGCCCGCCUGGCACGUGCAUCCGCCGUCCACGACAACAGCGCACGGGAGCUGCACAAGGAGCGCCUGGCCGAGCUGGGGCUCAAGGUCGCCGGUGCGCUGAUCGAAAUGGACGACCUGGCCGGCGCGGUCGCGCACCUCGAGACGCUCGUCGACCACGGCUCCAGUGGCAAGCUGGCCACCGCCAAGGCGCUGCUGUGGCUUCAUCUGGGCGACGUCGAUGCCGCGCGCAGGUGUGUCGACAACCAGGUGCACGGAGAUGCCACGCAGGACAAGAUCAUCUCUGCCUUGUGCGACAUGGCGGACGGCGAUUACGAUACUGCGCUUGCUGCUUGGGGUGAGCUGAGGGAGGAACUACCCAACGAUGAGAUGGUGGCUGUCAACAUGGCGACAUGUCUGCUCUAUCUGGGGAAGAUGUCACAGGGACGAGAAAUUCUGGAGGCCAUGGUCGAUUCUGGGUUUUCAUCCCACACGCUUCUGUUCAACUUGACAACCAUGUACGAGCUGUGUACCGACAAAGCACGCCCAAUGAAGCAGCGACUGGCUGAGCGGGUUGCUGAGAUAGAGCCAACCCUGAAAGGAUGGGAGAAGACCAAUGCCAAUUUUAAGCUCUGAGGAAAGCAUGUAGCUCGUUAUCAGAACACCAAAUCUUCUCAAAACUUUCUUGCGUGGGCCUGGCCAUAAUAGUAUUAUUGCAAGACAAC